AUGAGUAAAAAAAGAUCAGGUAAUUCAAGGGUUUCCUACCACUUAAAAAAUUCUGGGUAUUUCAUGGAAGAGGCAUUCAGCUAAUCAGAGUAUGAAAUAGUGAAAAAUGAUUCUUUAGAAUUGAAUGCAAAAAAUUAAGAUAAAUUCUACUUAAAGCCACAUUAGCUGAAUAAUUUAAUCUAAAUCAAUAAUUCUACUUACAGCAAUACGAGUAACAGAAAGAAGCAGCAAAGUUCAUACCUUUCUCCAAGAUUGUUAACAGCUUCUACUACCACUCAAAGAUCAUCUUUCAAUAACUCAAACAUGCUUCAUUCAACUUCGAAUUCUCAAAAUUUAGGCAUUAAUUAUGCCUUGCAAAACUCCUACUAAAAUAAAAAUAGAUCAUUAAAGUUAUCUCUACAUGAAAAAGUUUAAAAGAAACCUUCAAAAUCUGUAUAUAACUCUAAUGAUAAUGUUUUUCUUGAUGAUAUUUGCAUUAAAGUUAAUUCAUCAGACAUCUAUAAUAAAAAAGAAAAGGGCUCUCAGUUGUUAGUAGCCAGCAUUAACUCUGAAAGGAGUGAAAAAAUUGGAAAGAGCAAAGAGAUUUGUAAAAAUAUAUUUCUCACAACACAUGAUAAAAGUAGCGAUGCAGUUAUUGAAACUAUACCUAAUACUAAAUAACUUAUCAAUUAUAAAAAUUCUUUACCUCAAAAAUAGGAAACUAUUUAAUAGGAUACAAAUUUCUUUGAUGAAUUUAAACUAAAUUCAUAAGAAAGUGAAAAUAAAUAGUUGUCAAAGCCACAUAACUUGCUCAUUAAUAAUUAUUCCAAUCCUAAAUAACCAAUCCUAAGCAAAAUAUUUUCCUCUUAAGCAAACCUCAAAACCAAAAAUUUAGUGUAUCAAUAAUCUUAAAAUCUCCCAAUUACUUCCAGGCUUUAAAUGCUUGUAAAUAAUAAAGUUUAGUAGAAGUUUUCUGAGAACUCAUAGAAUGAAAAUACAUCAAUAAUAGAUGCUCAAAAAUAAAUUCAAGCUAAGUCUUAAAGAGACCUUAGUAUUAAUUCAAAAGAUGAGAAAUAAAAUCAAACUGAAAUAUCUAUUGCUUCUCCGUUAGAUUCAAAAAGGAAGAUUUAAUAAGAAUAAAAAACAUCUUUACAAUUAAAUUAUUAGCUGCUUGUAGAAAAAGAAAAUAUUUUUAUGAAUGUAAAUUAUUUAUUUUAAUACUUUAUAAAUGAAUAUAAGAGAGUAUCUAAUAUGUAUAAAUUAUCUUCUACUUAUCGUUAAGGUAUUUAAAACCUUUACUAAGCUCAUGCGUUUUGCACAAGCAAACUGCUUUCCCACAUUGAAGCUUGGCAAGAAACUAAAAAAAACAAGAAUUCAAAUGAAAAUAAAACUACUAAUAUUGUCGAAUAGACUACUGACAGCAUAGCUAUUGAUGUCUUUUUAUCUAAAAAUCCUAUGCAGAUUAUGAGUGUAAGUUUGGCCUGUGCUAAAAUAUAUAUAAAUUUAAAGAAACCAAUAAAAGCUAUACCGAUAUUAAAAUAGUGUAAAAGGUUAAGUGAUUUAUAUAGAAAUCAGAAUUACAAAAUGAAAUGCUACAGAGCGCUCAGUGAAUGCUUUAUCAUGAUAAGAAAAGAAAGUAUCGCAGAAAAAUUUGUGAAAAAGUACUUGUAAUUAUCAUGGUGUAAUAAAAGUGAUAAAAACGAACUUUAAGCUUACGAUAUGCUUGGUUUAAUUAGCUAUUACAAUGGAGAUAUAGAAAGAGCUAAAUUUUAUCAUCAUAGAAUGGCUAAUAAUAUUUUAGAAGAUGAAAAUUCUUAGCUCAGAAAAAUAUCAAUUCUUAAUUAAGUUACCAAACAGAAAAGAAGAGAUGAAAAAAUGAAAGAUGAAAAUCCUCCAAUUAAUAAAAAAGUUGAAGGAGAUGAGAACACUUUUAUUGACUCAUCCGAUGAAGAAAAUGAAGAAAUAUUACUUGUGCCUGAACCAAACUAACAAAAUUAAAUGGAUGAAAAAAAUAACAAUUUUGAUGGAAAUCCAAAUAAAAGAUUCUUCAAAGAAAGGUAUUAAGAUAGUAAUGAAUAAUACAAAUAAUAUAACGAUUAAGAUAAGAUAUCACCUUAAGUCUACCUUGCAUCAAAGUAGGGAUUUGAGUUGAGAAAACAACCAUUUAAAACAAUUCCUGGUCCAGUUAAUAAUCAAAAAACUGAUUUUGGUACUUUAAAACCUCCAAUCAUAAUUAGUCAUCUGAGUAGAAAUAGAGCAUUACUUAAUUUUCAGAAGUUUGAGUUGUAAAAUAAAAUCGAUAGUUCAGCUCAGAUGGAAAUAAAUUAUUGGGAACCUUAUGAUCUUAAAAAAGCAGAAAAAAUCUUGUUAAGAUUGUAGAAAGUUUUACAAUAUUUCAAACACAUUUUAAAUGACUUUUCUAAUGAUAUGAAUUCAAAUAUUUUACUCCCAGAUGAGAGAAACAAAUAUUUUUCAGAUAAACAAUUUUCAAUAAAACACUAUCUUUAUAAGCUUUUAAGCCAAAAUAACUUAUUACAAUUAAAAACAAGUAGGUAAAUUAAGAAAUGA